AUGCCGCCUGCCUCAUCAUCGGUGGCUGUGCAGCAGCAGCAGCCUCAUCUCCUUCACCUGAUUUCGGCUGCCGUGCCGUUCCGUGGCAUCGAUGUGGAUGUUGCCGCUGUGGAGCCGUUGCCAAACCUCAGAGGCAACCGCAACAGCACGGGAGUCCUCUACUGUCCUCAAGGGGUCAGUGCUGACAGCGUCCUGUUCUUAAUCAUGGCACCAAUGGCUUUGCACAAGUUGAAGGUGAAAAACGAUCUUUGGGAAUGGCAAACUCGACUGGGACACAUUUUAGAGUUUGGAAUUCUAUGCCUGCUAGUUCAAGUGGUGCUUGUUGCCAUUUGGUUCCCUGUAAACCAAGUGAUCCAGAUUCUGAUGGACUUCUUAUGCACUAAACUUCCAUUCGAAUACAUUGAAGCCUUUAAAAAAAAUGGAGCUACUGUGUGCAUACUAGCCAUCGAAUUGAUAGUGCUUCUUAAGUACUUUAGCCUCCAGGAUGUUCACGGUAUCUACGGGUCCGAGGACGAAUUGGUCACAGAAAGCACCCUAUUGGUCUUGGCAAAGCGGCAGAAGACUCUGGAGCGCAGGGCGAUGCGAAUGCAGAGACAGUACUAA